AUGUGUAAUACAUGUAUUGCAUCGAUUGUUUAUUGUAUUGUGCAAACUAUUAAUUAUAUUUUUCUCAUCUUUGUCCCAUCGGAAACAAGUGAUGUAGCAUGUCAAUGGCGAGGCUAUUUCGGUUACAUGUCAAUUUCAGCCGCUACAUAUUCUUAUCUUAUUCAAGCAAUAUCACGUCUUUUCUUUUCGAAAUUUUCAACAAAAUAUCCUUGGUUAAUUACAUUCAAAACACAUUACUAUCUUAUUCUCACACAUUGGAUUGUUGUGUUAAUCAUACCAUUAUCCUCAGUUAUUACAAAAGAUAUUUAUUUUCGUCCUGGUCUUCUAUGUUGGGUGCCAUUGAAAAUUAAGAAUGGAAGUAAACGUGCCGAAAUGAUUCUUAAUACAGUAAAUGACAAACGUGAUCUUGAAGUUUUUCGUAAUAUCGUCAUUCUUCUAAGUAUUUAUAUAACAGGUGGUAUUCCAACACUGAUUUUUCUUCUUUUUACGAUUGAAAUAAGUUAUUUAGCUGGUAUUGUUACAUUUACAUUAGCUGUAACUGUUGAAAAGAUAUGUACGAUCUUACUCGAUCGAGAACUUCGUCAAGUUGUAUGGAAUAUAAUAUUUUCAAGAAAUCGAGUUACACCUUUUGAAAAUACAAUUACACUAACCAGACAUAGAGUAAAUUUCAGGCGUUCUUGA